AAACUCACCCAGUUUGUUUGCCGCCGUUUGUUUACAUUCGUUCCGCGCGAGCAUCAUUCCACAAUGUCCAAAAAAUACGGUUUAAUCGAUCGUGCCGCUGAUGCCGGUCCGGUGAAAAAGCAUGCCGCCUUCGCCAGCGACUCCGACUCGGACGAGGCCGGCACGAGCAAGGUGAAGAUCGAGCUGGGCGCCAACCAGAAACGCCAGGCGCAGGCCGCGCAGCAGAAAGCGAUCGAGGAAGACCCGACGAUCUAUCAGUACGACGAGCUGUACGACGAUAUGGUGGAGCAGCGGGAAAAGACGGCCACCCAGGGGAAGGAGCAGGCGGUGGACCGGAAACCGAAGUACAUCGGCAAGCUGAUGGAGACGGCCGAGCGGCGGAAGAAGGAACAGGAGCGCCGGAUCGAGCGGCAGGUGCAGAAGGAGCGCGACGCGGAGGGCGAAAAGUUUAAGGACAAGGAAUCGUUCGUCACGUCCGCAUACCGUGCCAAGCUGGAGGAGAUGAAGAAGCUGGAGGAGCAGGAAAAGCGCGAAGAGUACCUGGAGACGAUCGGUGACGUUACGAAGCAGUCCGAUUUGGGCGGGUUUUAUCGUCACAUUUACCAGCAGAAGACCAAGAACGAGGAGAAAGGUGAUGGUGAGAAGGAGGAGAAGGAGGGCAAGGUGGACACAAAAGCGGAAGAGGUGAAGGAAGCGGUGGAAGAGCGUGAAAAAGAGUCCCCGGAGAAGGUGGAAAAGCCGGAGCGUCCAAAGGUGUCCUCACAGCGGGAAAGGAAAUAUCGUAAACGAGUGUCGGAUGAUGAGAACGAGCCCGCGGCGGAAAGUAAUGAGCCCAAGGAGAGGACACAUUUGCAGUCGAACUUGGAUGCGGAUUCAGAUUUUAGCAUCGAUUCGGACAGUAGCAGCGAGGAUUCGGAAGGUGAGCAGGAAAAGGAUCAACCAAAGGGUGAGCCUGUUGAGGGAGACAAGGAAACGAACGGACAUGCAGCAAGUGCACCCACCGUGCCGGUUGAAGGUGCCCAGGAAUCGGUGAAAGAGGAGGACACGGUGGAGGAAGAACCGGCAGCGAAAAAGCCCAAACCACCGCCGAUCGACAUCUGGAAGAAGCGAACCGUUGGCGAUGUGUUUGAGGCGGCCCGGCAACGAUACUUCGAACGACGCCAGAUGCAAGAAUCCUGCUAACUUUCAAAUAAACAAGCAAAUACACGGCUGAGGGUGUUAAGAUAA